AAGGGAAGACAUUUCCUGAAAAACAAACACAUUUAUCGAGACAUUGCAAAUGGCCGACGCCCCUGUUUAUUGAAGUUUUUAAUGUUUAUGAUUUGUUUCCUGCCACAUUUGUGUUUUAAAUGAUGUCUCCUGAUACCAUUUGUUAAUUCAGAAUAGUUUUUUUGGGGGGUGUUGUUUCUGCUGACUGUGAUUCCAUCCUGCUUGAUGAGUUGCGGAACACUAUGACAAUGGGAGAUAAGUCACUAUACGCAAAACUCAUUGUUGAUGUAGUCAUUGGACCCGUCUUGGAGAAGCUAGAGAAGAAAGACAUCUCGGCAGCACACACUCUGCGAGCUGCGUUUCACAAGGCUGAUGGAACUCUCCCAGGCCUGGCGUUUGACUUUGUGUCAAGACUGCUGCGCAAAGCCGAGAUAGGAGAUAAAGUUGAGCUGUGCGAGACGCUGUUGAGACUGGGCGGAGUUACAGAAACUGAAGAAAUCCGGAUACCUCGGUCGGAGCCGAUGUUUCAAGAACUGAACCAGCGCGCGGUAGAGCUGAAACGUAUCAUGAGCCGAAUUCCAGACCAGAUUUACGACAGGAAGCAGUUCCUUGAGACCAUCAAGUUAAUUGCCAACUCCAUUAAAACAUUGUUGGAUGCUGUGAACAGAGUAAUCAAUGAAAUGCCUCUGACAGCUAGUGGAAGCAAACAGAUUUUGGAGGAUAGGAAGAAAGAAUUUGUGAGGUAUUCCAAGAAAUUCAGCAAUACACUGAAGGAGUAUUUCCGUGACACGAACCAAAAUCACAAUGUUUUCUUGAGUGCUAACUAUCUGAUCUAUCAAACAAACCUCAUUUUGAAGACUGUCAGACAGGAAUAUUGCUGAAGAUUGAAGAUGCACAGAAGCGGAUCUUUAGUGAACUAGAUUAGAUCAACCAUACGGAACCUUAUUUGGAAAACAGGAAUGUUGCUGACGAAUCUAAACUUACGACUAACAAUUGAAAUUGAACAUUUUGUUGAGCAGCCUGAAUUUGUUUACAAAUUAAAUUAUGUAAUUUUUCUGGAAAUUAAUUGAUUUGAAGAUCUAAAUGUUUGUGUACCUUUUCUACAUGGAUAUAACAAAAGAAUGGUUUGAUUUUCUAUUCUUAAUUUUGUAGUGACAUUUCUACAUCCAAAAUAUUUAACCAAACAGAGAUAGUUAUGUUGUGAAUCAAAAUCGACAUAGUUUUAUUAACCUUUUUAAGAUGAAUGUAAUUUUCUAUAAAAAAAAAUAGUCAUACAUUUCAAGUAAUGUUAUUUUUGAUAACAUGCUUGGGUGUCUGAAAAAACAUUUCUUUCUUAAUAGUCUUGUAAAUGUCUAUAUAGGACAAGUAUCUUUACGGCAUACCAUGAUUCUGUACACAGAUUUAGAAGUAGUCUUUCUUGAUGGGAGAAAAACAUUGUUGUUACAAUUUAAUCUUAAUCUUAAAGAAAAUAGCAUAUAACAGUUUGUCAAAAUGCUGUAAAUCAUAAAAUAUUAGCGUGCUUAUAAUUUAACGAAAUUCAAAUAAGUGGCAAAAAACUUUAGCGAGAUUGUCACAUCAAACACAGGGGGGAGGGUGUGUGUGUGUUAAGUUUUAGUAUAGGCUGAAUGUUACACUUUUGAUAACUUUUAACCUUAUGCAACAUUAAAGACAACUCAAAUUAAAUUUAAAAAACUGCAGUCAUGUGCAUGCUAACCAACUACAUGCCCAUGUGUAUUGUUAUUGUUUUGUUUAACCAACAGCAUGUACAUGUAUUCAUUAAUGUGUAUUAAGUUAACCACCAACAAAACGACGAUACAAGUGGUUAGAAGCAGUCUGUUGUAUGUACUAUCUUUAAAUUUAGCAUCACAAAAUAUUAUUGUCUUGUAUGGCCUUGCUAAAUUCACUAAAAAAAAUUAUGCUUGCUAACAUUUCCUGAUCUACAGUAUUUGAUAAAUAAUAUUCAACUGUUCUGUUUUAUUAACUUAUAACCUGUUUAUUUUCUAGUAUUCACAAAAUAUAUAUAGCUGGAUGAUUCAUGUACCUGCAUAUAGAAAUUAAUACACAUUUACUUCCUAGAUAGCUUACUUCAUUUAAAAAGCAUUGAAGAAAUAAUUUUGAAUACCACGGAUAACAAAUUUUAUUUAUUAAUCAGUCUCAUAUCUUUAUUGACACACAUGUAGUUUUUGUUUAAAUAUUUCUAUACCACAGAUUAUUUACAUACAUUGUUCUCGAACAACUUACAAUAAUUUUUGGCGCUUACAAUAUUUAAUCCUCAUUGAGUUCUAUUUUUCAUUCUUUCGUGUUUGUUUUUUUCCUUUUUAUAUGUCAAUCUUUGACUGGUUGUAUUAUGGUUUGGUGUCAUCCAUCCAUCUAUUUACUUUUCAUUUCCGGAGCAUACAAUAUAUUUUUUGUUGUUAAUUCAUAUAGGGUGAUAAAAUGUUGCAUAUAAGUACAGCUUGGGAUGGCGGUGUCGCUUUCAAUAACUAAUACACCAAGUUUUCAUGGUUUACCGUACUGCACAUUAAAGGAAAUAUUUUUCUGGGGUAGAUUUUCUUUAUCAAUUUAUAUAGAAUCAUCAAACCUUGCAUGCAUGUACAACUUGUGAUGUGUAAUGUGUAACUAGGUCACCACGACCUACUUUUGACAGGUGUUGUUUGAUUGGUCGUUAUAUAGGGAAGAGUGUUGUGUACAUUCAUCAGAUCUUAGAAUUUUAUUCCUCAUCUUGAAUGAAGAGAAUAUCAAAAUUGCCAAACCAGUUUUGUAAUGACUUUAGAUGUUAAUACUUGUGUCUAUAUUGUUCUAAUAACCACAGUUAUUUCGGUGUGCUUGUCCCCCCCCUUAUGAAUUGUGUCAUGUCCUGGAUAAAUGAUGACAUCAUAGUGUGCAUUGCAGACUGUUUCUGUUUUGUUGAGACCACGUAGUGACAAACUGACAUAAAAACUAACAUUUUCUGUCUCUCUCAACUGUAAUAUCCCGAGUUUGUAGCCAUUUUAAAAGAUUUUCAACAAACAAAAAAUGUUUUACAUUUUUAAAAUUAGAAUUUAUCUUUAUUUUCUUGCUUAUGAAUAUUUCUAUGACAAAGGAAUUUCUGGACAUUGCAAUGUUUUGUCCAAAAUAAUUUCAGAUGUACAAAUUUAUUAUUUCUUCAAUGUCCAAACAAACUGAAAUAUAAUUUGGUCAAAGACCAUUCCAAAUGUAUUUAUUUGUAUAAUACUUUAUAUUUAAAAUGUUAAAAGUCAGUGUUUUAAAAACAGGGGAAAAAAGCAGGAUGUGUGUUUAAUUUGUUGGGAGAACAAACAAAAGUCAUGCACAGGUUAAACACUCGGGAUAGUCAUUUUAAAUAUAAAUUUUAUAUUAAUGAGUGGCCUUUUUGUUUUUUGUUUGUCCUACUCUGUGUAAAUAAAAGUAAAAGUAUGACUUGUGACCCACAGAGACAAACACGAGGCUGUGAACAAGAUGUUGUAUUUGUAACUGAAGUUUGAUGUUGGAAAUGUUUCAUAAGGGGUACUUGUAUAUACAGAGAAACCCCUCUAAACCAGACACCCUUGCCCGGUUUUAGAGAGGUUAACUUCAGUACUGGGGUUUUUUUUUAAAAGGACUCUGUAAAAUGUCUGGUUUUUAGGAAAUUCCGGUUUACAGAGGUUUCACUGUAUAUUUUAACAUAUCAAUGACGAGUUGGUGUCUGAUGUAGUUGUCCACCACACACAACCAAAACUUUAACCAUUCAAUGACGAGUUGGUGUCUGAUGUAGUUGUCCACCACACACAACCAACACUUUAACCAUUCAAUGACGAGUUGGUGUCUGAUGUAGUUGUCCACCACACACAACCAACACUUUAACCAUUCAAUGACGAGUUGGUGUCUGAUGUAGUUGUCCACCACACACAACCAACACUUUAACCAUUCAAUGACGAGUUGGUGUCUGAUGUAGUUGUCCACCACACACAACCAACACUUUAACCAUUCAAUGACGAGUUGGUGUCUGAUGUAGUUGUCCACCACACACAACCAACACUUUAACCAUUCAAUGACGAGUUGGUGUCUGAUGUAGUUGUCCACCACACACAACCAACACUUUAACCAUUUUAGGUAUUUUGUUUUCAUACCAAUAAUGGCUACAUGAGGUAUCCAUUUGUACUAUUUACAAAAUCAUCUUUUUUGUUAACAGCCAUUUUAAUAGUGCCUUUGUCACUGGUUUUGUCUCGAACUAUUUUUGGUGUAAGCAUACAUUGUAUGCAUUAUACAUACAGAUAUCCUGCAAUCACCAUAUGUAUACAUUUGGCAAAAUAUGGGGACUAGAUAAAUUUCUGUAUUUUAGGUCACGGACCAAAAAUAUAGCUUUUUGGGACAUAACUACUAGGCACUAGUUAUGGUCAGCAAUGGAAUGUUGACCUUUAAUGUCACACUGUAAAUAAACAAUGUGAAGUCACCAAAAUUAUAAUAAUAAUAACUAACUUUAAUAAUAACAAGACACAGUAUUAUCAAAUAAAUUAUCUGAAUAAGAAGUAUUUUAGUUUAGUUUAUACAUAACUAUGUAGUUACGUUAUGCCCACAGGUUGUAGCCCAAACUGCCAUUAAUAAGCUCUACGCAUGGACUGUGUACUCUGUAAAAUAGUAAAGUUGUGAAAAUUUCAUUUAUUGUUCACAUUAUGUAGGAUUGCAGGAUAAAUAAAAUAGCUACACGUAGUUGCUAUCUUAAGAUACGAUUGGGGCUUUAUCCUACUUGUUCUAACUUGUUACUGUAUAAAACCAAAACCUUAAGAUAGAAACCAGUUGUUCUCUAUAUAACCAUAUUACGUGAUCCGAUUUCCAUGAGGGUUUCACUUAAAUCAUAAACUUGUACUGCAUACUGCACUAAUAUCAUAUGCACACUGAUGAAUAAACUUACAGUCAUCUUAAUCAUCAUGUUACUAGACUUAAGUAUAUAUAUAUAUAUAAGAAAUAUAUUCCAGGGACAAUAAAAUGUGGUUUAAAUACA